AUGAUGUGUUGUAAAAGUAAAAAGAGGAUCACAAUGAACUCAUCACAGGUUUCAUAUUUCACACUCACUGCCUACCUUGACAGCGGGGCUCUGAAAUAUUUAUUUUUCAUUGUUGUUGUGUUUUUAUAUGUUUUUAUUAUUGUUGCCAAUGUCUUGGUGAUUGUGGUUAUCUGUGUGAACAGAAGCUUACAUGAACCUAUGUACAUGUUUCUGUGCAGCCUGUUUGUAAAUGAGCUGUAUGGUAGUACAGGGCUGUUUCCAUUCCUCCUGAUUCAGAUCCUCUCUGAUGUUCACACUGUUUCUGCUCCUCUGUGUUUCCUGCAGAUUUUCUGUGUGUACACAUAUGCAAAUUUGCAGCUUAGUAACUUAGCUGUCAUGUCUUAUGACAGAUAUCUUGCCAUCUGCUGUCCUUUACAAUAUCACACACGUAUGAGCCUUAGCAAGGUAUCCCUGCUUAUUGCUCUAACUUGGUUAUGUCCAUUUCUUGCAAUCACUGUUUUGAUUUCUCUGAGCGCUCCUCUGCAGCUGUGUGGAAACAUCAUUAACAAAGUGUACUGUGACAACAACUCCCUUAUUAAACUGUCCUGUUCUGACACCAGAGUCAUUAAUAUCUAUGGAGUCCUCGGUGCUAUUCUUGUAACAGUAUGCUCUGUCUCUUUGAUUUUUUACACCUACAUGAGGAUCCUGAAAGUGUGUUUUUCUGGAUCCAAACAGACCCGACAGAAAGCCGUCAGUACCUGCACACCUCACCUCGCUUCUCUGCUCAACUUUUCAUGUGGUUCCUUCUUUGAAAUUUCUCAAAACAGAUUGAAUAUGGUACAGGUCCCAAUUAUGUUGCAUAUUUUUUUAUCAUUAUAUUGGCUCAUAUGCCCACCGCUCUUUAAUCCUGUACUCUAUGGACUGAAUCUGACCAAAAUCCGAAUCAUAUGUAAAAGUUUAAUCUUGGUAAAAUGUAAAUGCUUGAUGCUGAAACUUAGGCAGGACAGUGCAGUAGGAGACAGGAAAUUUGGAGAGAGUAAGGGGCAAUGA